AUGGAGGGCCAAGUGGAAGCUUACGUGGAGGGCCAAGUGGAAGCUUACGUGGAGGGCCAAGUGGAAGCUUACGUGGAGGGCGAAGUAGAAGCCUACGUGGAGGGCCAAGUGGAAGCUUACGUGGAGGGCCAAGUGGAAGCUUACGUGGAGGGCCAAGUGGAAGCUUAUGUGGAGGGCCAAGUGGAAGCUUACGUGGAGGGCCAAGUGGAAGCUUACGUGGAGGGCCAAGUGGAAGCUUACAUGGAGGGCCAAGUGGAAGCUUACGUGGAGGGCCAAGUGGAAGCUUACGUGGAGGGCCAAGUGGAAGCUUACGUGGAGGGCCAAGUGGAAGCUUACGUGGAGGGCCAAGUGGAAGCUUACGUGGAGGGCCAAGUGGAAGCUUACGUGGAGGGCCAAGUGGAAGCUUACGUGGAGGGCCAAGUGGAAGCUUACGUGGAGGGAGAGGUGGACGGAUAG